AUGGCCGUCAAUGCACUCUCCUUCGCCGUCCUCCUUUCCUUGGUGAUCUUGGUACGUUUCACUCUCUUACUACCACUGUCGCCGGACGACCAGGCGGUGGUGCCGCUGCAGAGCUCUGCCGUCGACGCGGCCGGGAGCUACGACGACGACUACAGGUGCGUGUACCCGAUCUACGUGGAGACGGGGUCGAUCUGGAAGGCCGGGACGGACGCCGUGAUCAGCCUGGCUCUCGGGGCCGCCGACGGCGCCGGCUUCACCAUCCUGGACCUGGCCCGGUGGGGCGGGCUCAUGGGCGCCGGCCACGACUACUACGAGCGCGGCAACGUGGACAUCUUCAGCGACCGGGCGCCCUGCCUGCCGUCGCCGCCGUGCCGGAUGAACCUCACCUCCGACGGCUACGGCCCGCACCACGGCUGGUACUGCAAGUCCGUGGAGGUCACCGCCACUGGGCACCACGCCACGGCCACGUGCGCCAAGGCCGGGUUCGGCGUCCAGCAGUGGCUCGCCAGCGACGCGCCGCCGUACCAGCUCUACGCCGAGCGUAGCGUCUGCGCGAAGAGUGACGCGGAGGAGUGAUGCUGCCGGAAACGGAUGUCGCUGCACUGGCCUUCUAGACUUCGAGUCUUCAUUGUUUCUGUCGUUCUCUCGCGUCAUUGCUUUUUGUUCAUGGAGAUGUUUGAACUCGUUGGUGUAGCACUGUAGAAGAGCGUCUCUGACAAAUUACUAUUCCAUUUCCCAAUAAAAAGAAUGCAAGUAGAAGAUUGUGUGGUUGCUUCAACACAUGAGUCAGAUUAUUCAUUCUAUCCCUAAUUCUUAAAAGGAAACGAGGAGGAUUCAAGUACCA